AUGGUUGGUUUCGAGUACAAAAGUGGACGUGCUACUCCUGUCUUUGAAGGUAUUGUGGUCUGUACCGAGUUCAAAGACACAAUCCUCGAGGCAUAUGCAGAGGAACAAGAAAUGAGAGAAGAGGAGGAGAGAAGAAGAAAUGAAGCACAAGCAGCUUCGAGAUGGUAUCAGCUUCUUUCGUCUAUCUUAACCCGUGAAAGACUGAAAAACCGUUACGCCAAUAACUCAGAGGAUGAUGUUGUCAAAACGAGGAGUGUGGAAACGAAACCAGAGACUGUCAUUAGGGCGGAGAAUGUAAAAACACCUAAAAAGCAAGGAGGGGUCAAGAGAGGAAGGUCAGGAGGAAGAAAGAAUCGUAGUGAAGAUGAAAACCAUGAACAUGGAGAUGAAAAGGAACAUGAACAUGUGUUUCUUGAUGAUCAAGAAACAUUUGAUGAGAAAACAUAG